GGGUUCUCUCUCAAAUUUUCUCCUUUUUCCUUCGCAAUUCCCCAUUUCAUUCAAGGUGAGGAAAUGGAUCAUUGCUUCAGCUCCUUUACGAUAAAUUGUAGCCAGGUUUAAUUCAAUUGGAAGAACAAUUUUUCAGCCACUUUUUGGAACGGGUGAUCCAUAAUGUCCGAGAUAAAGUCAUCUGGGAGACCAUUUGAUCAAUUAUUGGAGAAAGUAUUAUGCAUGAAUAUACUUUCUUCUGAUUAUUUUCGUGACCUGUUGAAAUUGAAAACUUAUCAUGAGGUUAUUGAUGAGAUUUAUGUUACUGUCACACACGUGGAGCCAUGGAUGACUGGAAACUGCCGAGGGCCUUCUACUGCUUUCUGCCUCCUCUACAAAUUCUUUCUUAUGAAGCUCACUGUCAAGCAAAUGCAUGGCUUAUUGAAUCACCCAGAUUCUCCUUAUAUUAGAGCAAUAGGAUUUCUCUAUCUAAGGUAUGUAGCUGAUCCAAAGACUUUAUGGAGUUGGUGUGAACCGUAUGUAAAAGAUGAUGAGGAAUUCUCUCCUGGUUGUAAUGGCCGUAUGACAACAAUGGGUGCGUAUGUGAGGGAUUUGCUUCUUGGACAGUACUAUUUUGACACACUUCUUCCUCGUAUUCCGGUGCUGGUGUUGCGCACUGUUGUAGCCAAUCUUGAAAGUAUGAACCUGCCAUCUAAACACUGUGGAGUUACUGGUGAGACCACUCGUGGCAGUGAAGAGACUGCAAGAAGACCACCUUCUGUUAAGGCUGCCCUUUCUGUCUCUUUCGGUCAACGUGCCCCUCAUCGGACAAUAACUAGGGAUUCAUCUCCAGUUCGGCGAACAGCUAAUCAUUAUUAUGAUCGAGGUAAUGAAUCAAGACGAUCUCCCCAAAAUGGUGAUCUAUCUGAUCGGGAUCAUCCUGGAAGGGAGAGAGACAGGGGCAAGGACAAGGACGACAACCGCGAUCAAGACAGAACCAGGGAUCGGCGGUAUAGAGACAGGGAUGAUGAAAGGAGAAGAGAGCCGGAAAAAGGUAAGGAUAGGAGGCAUGAUUAUGACAGGAGAUCCCGAGACACCUAUAGAAGGAGUUAUGAUAGGAGGGGCCGUGAAGACUACAGGAGAGAAGGCGGUUCUCAUCAGAGCAGAAGUAGGAGUAGGAGCAGGUGCCGGAGUCAAAGUCAGAGCACCAAUGAAUAUGGCAAGCAUAAUGUAAGUGGUCACAAUCCAUUUAGCCAUGAAAGUAAGGAGAAGAGAUCUGCAUCAAGUAAUCUGGCUGAGCUCAAAGAUCUGUACGGUGUGUCGAGCAAUCAAAAGGAGGGCGUGGCUGAGGCCUCGGAGGGUCGCCCUUACAGGCCCGGUGGUACUGAGGAGGUGAUCAGACUUGGUGGUUCGUCAUGGAGGUAAUGUGAUUCACUUGCAAACAUGAAGGAAAUUCGUUGUUAAUGUUAUCGCGAACAAGUGACUGACUGAUUCACGACACCGGGAAGUAUGGGAAGAGAUUGAUGCAUAAUCAAGCACUGUGUAAUGUAUUCGUGGCAUGAUUAGCAAAUGAAAGGGGGAUAUGAAGCGAGAGAUCACCUUGUUUACGACAAUGAAAAAUUUGGUAAGGCUCUUACUCAAGAUCUUUGCUUCUUGUAAUUUCAACUACUGUAUAAGCCAAUUUUAAACUGUAAUGUACGAGCAGUAUACUUGAUGAGUUUUUUCCUUUAACCCUCAUCUCCCCGUAUUCUGAAUUUAUUUCAAUUGACGAUGUUCUUCUA